UUUGAAUGUUUGAACUAAUGACAUUUUUGGAAAUUCUUUGUCCCAAUUAGAAAGUGAUUAAUUUACUAUGCUAUCAGAUUAAAUCAAUAAAUUGAAUCGAAAUAUUCACCUCUCAUAGUUAUCAGUUAUUUUUUUCCAUCCCUUUCAGAAGAUGUGAUUUCCAAUAUUUACAUUUGAUAGUUUUACCAGAGUUGAUAGAUGUUUUCCUAGUGAAAUUUUAGUGUUUUUUAGGUGUUGCUUUACUUUUAUAUUUUUCUCCAUUAUUCUUUGAACGGUUUACUAAAAUUCCUUGUUUUUUAUGUUAGUAAAAUGAAUUGAAACAAUAUGGAGAAAAGUGUAGUACACUUUAUUUUGAAAGAUGCUACUGACUCGAAAGAAGAACUGUAUCAAAAUCUUCGUAGAGCACUACAAAAAAUUGAUGGUACUGUUGUUAAGUUGCCUGACCAUACAAAUUCUCUAGACUGUGUUGAAGUAACGAUUCCGGAAGCCAAUUACCAACUUGUCAGGGAGACCUCAGAAACUUUGGGCUUUGAACCAUUGAUCAACCAAAAAGCAGAUCUAGAACAUGUUACGGUUUUAUCGCAUACAGGAGAUGGAACGGAUACGAAGAAUCGAAAUAGAGAAGACGAAGAUGGUUCAGUUCAAGUGGCUAUCGAAGGAAUGACAUGUAAUUCCUGUGUUAGAAGUAUAGAAGAUACUGUUGGUAAAAAACCGGGAAUAUUCAACAUCAAGGUUUCCUUGGCUAAUAAAUCUGCACAAGUCCAUUAUGAUGUAAGGAAAAUUACACCACAAGAUAUAUGCGAUUAUAUAGAUGAUAUGGGUUUCGAAGCAGCACUCCCACUCUUGAGUGGUCAACAAAGCGUAAAUCAAAGUUAUAUACAUAUCAACGGUAUGACCUGCAACUCUUGCGUGCAGUCAAUUGAAGGUAUGAUCUCCACGAAAGUAGGCGUUAAGGGCAUAUCGGUUGAUCUAAAUAAGAAAGAAGCUGUUGUGGAGUUCACAGAAAAUGUAACAGCUGAUCAAAUUGCAGAGAUGAUAGAGGAUAUGGGUUUUGAAGCCUAUGUGAAGACGGUUAAUGGUAAAGAGUAUAAGCUAGACAAAAGAAAACAACAGAAUGGUAAAGCGUUGACAAAUGCUCAGUUGGAUGGAGAGGAAAAAAUAAAUUGCGAAAAAUGUCAGCUACAGAUAAAAGGAAUGACGUGCGGUUCUUGUGUUGCAGCAAUCGAAAAACAUGUAAUGAAAAUCACAGGUUGCCAUAAAAUUUUGGUGUCCCUUCUGGCAGCCAGAGCAGAAGUUCUUUUCGACCCUUCUUUCAUUUCACCAAAUGAUAUAGCAAGUUCGAUAUCAGAGCUUGGAUUUCCUUCUAUCGUGUUGGUACAGAGCGGAGGCAGUGAAGCCGAAUUGGACCUAGAAAUAGGAGGAAUGACUUGUUCCAGUUGCGUGUACAAGAUUGAGAGUAGCGUAGUCAAACUUCAAGGAGUGUUCUCGGCCAAAGUGGCCCUUACAACAAGGAGGGGCAAAUUCUUGUACGACUCCGAAAAAACCGGUCCGAGAGAUAUCAUCAAGGCCAUAGAAGAUUUAGGAUUCACUGCGGAGCUUCUGAAUAAAGAUCGUGGUGAUGACUACCUUCACCAGAAGGAAGAAACUCGUAGGUGGAGGAAUGCUUUUCUAGUCUCUCUUAUUUUCGGAGGACCCUGCAUGGUGGUCAUGAUGUAUUUUAUGUUUAUUAUGUCGACUGGUACCAUGAGCCAUAAGGAUAUGUGUUGUGUCGUUAAAGGCCUUUCUUUAGAAAAUCUUAUAAUGUGGACACUAUCUACUCCAGUCUUGAUAUUUGGAGGACGCCAUUUUUUCAUACAAGCUUAUAAAGCUCUCCAACACUGCACAACAAAUAUGGACGUACUUAUAGCAAUGGCAACUUCGAUCUCUUAUACGUAUAGCGUGUGUGUUGUGGUAGCGGCGAUGGUAACAGAGCAAAACACAUCUCCUCAAACAUUUUUUGACACACCUCCAAUGUUGUUGGUUUUUAUCAGUUUAGGAAGAUGGUUGGAACAUAUCGCCAAGGGAAAAACUUCAGAAGCCCUCUCUAGAUUAUUGUCGCUCAAGGCCACAGAAGCUCUACUUGUAACUCUGGGACCAAAAGGUGAAAUAGAAAGCGAAAAACAAGUACCUGUAGAUUUGGUGCAUAGAGGAGAUAUCUUGAAAGUUAUUCCUGGUUCAAAAGUACCAGUAGAUGGUAAAGUUAUUCAGGGUCAAUCCAUGUGUGAUGAAAGUCUGAUCACUGGGGAAAGUAUGCCUGUGCCAAAGAAAAUAGGUUCUAGUGUUAUAGGAGGUUCUAUAAAUCAGCAUGGUCUUCUUAUUGUUGAAGCCACCCAUACAGGGGAAGCUACAACUUUGUCUCAAAUCGUCAAGCUUGUAGAAGAAGCGCAAACAUCGAAAGCACCUAUUCAACAGCUUGCAGAUAAAAUUGCAGGAUAUUUCGUACCAACAGUGGUCUUCCUCUCUCUUUUAACCCUAAUAAUCUGGUCCAUAGUCGGAUAUAUUAAUAUCAAUUACCUACCGGUGAGUCAUGCCGAAAAAGAAGGAUUUACAGAGACUGAAAUCUUACUUCAAUUCGUGUUCAGAUGUGCUCUGAGCGUUUUGGCAAUUGCUUGUCCGUGUGCAUUAGGUUUGGCCACACCUACCGCAGUUAUGGUAGGCACAGGUGUUGGUGCUAUGAAUGGUAUUUUGAUAAAAGGUGCAGAACCGCUAGAAAACGCGCACAAAGUCAAAGCCAUAAUGUUCGAUAAGACUGGUACAAUUACUAAAGGUGUACCAGAGGUGGCCAGAAUGUGGUUGACAGGCGAUAUAUUCAACCCUGCCGUCAUACUGAGCGCACUCGGAUGUGCUGAAACCAACUCUGAACAUCCAAUAGGAAUAGCCAUAAUCAAAUAUGUAAAGGAUGUUCUCAAUUGUGAUAUGACAGGUUUCGUUUCCAACUUUCAAAGCGUUCCAGGAUGUGGUCUCCGUUGCACUGUAUCUUCCUUGUCUUCCAUGGUGAACAACGCGAAAAACAACAGAGAACUCGCCGAAUUUUGUUCCUUAGUUUCAGCGGGUAGUUCCGGAACAUUCACCAUUCAAAAUGUACAAAUAGACGUGACGCAUUCCCAAAACUUGAUGCUGGGAAGGUUGAUCGGUAUGAAUUCCCAAGAAGAUGAUACGUCGUCGGGAGAAUAUCAAGUUAUCGUUGGAAAUAGGGAAUGGAUGAAUAGAAACGGCUUGUUGUUGACUGAUGAUAUGAACAGAAGAAUGGUAGAGGAGGAAGAACAAGGGCGAUCUGCAGUUUUAUGUGCCUUAAACGGAAAAAUCGUUUCAAUGAUAAGCGUUGCUGACACUGUUAAACCAGAAGCCAGCCUAGCUGUAUAUUCUUUGAAGAGGAUGGGAUUGGAAGUUAUACUACUGACUGGGGAUAAUAGGAAAACUGCAGCAAGCAUAGCCAGAGAAGUCGGUAUCACGAAGGUUUAUGCUGAAGUAUUACCAUCUCAUAAAGUUGCGCGAGUUCAGAAGUUGCAAGCAAAAGGUGUUAAAGUAUGUAUGGUUGGAGAUGGUAUAAAUGAUUCUCCAGCUUUGGCUCAAGCUGAUGUUGGGAUGGCCAUUGCAGCAGGUACAGAUGUGGCCGUUGAAGCUGCACAUGUAGUACUCAUGAGGAACGAUCUGUUAGACGUUGUAGCUUGUCUGGAAUUAUCAAGAUGUACCGUCUCCAGAAUAAGAUUGAAUUUCUUAUUUGCAAGCAUGUACAACCUUCUGGGUAUCCCAUUGGCAGCAGGUGUAUUCAGCAUGUUUGGCCUUAUGUUGGCACCUUGGAUGGCUAGUGCGGCUAUGGCGUUGAGCAGCGUAUCAGUAGUGGGGUCCAGCCUGCUCCUGAAACUCUGGAAGAAGCCAACUAAAGCUGACCUUGAAACACCGGAGUUUUUGUUAUUGAAAGACAAGCAAGAAAUAGACACAAUAUCGAUCCAUCGAGGACUGGAUGACAUAGAAAACUACUCUAGUCCGCCCAACGGAAUUUCAAGGAUUCUUGGCAAAGGAAAGAAUAUCAAAGAUUCACUUCUGAACAACGAAGACACGACACAUGUGGAAUUCAGCUCGAAAAGAAACAACUUGAUAGAAUCUCUUAUGUGAAAAUAUAAUUCAUAAUACUUAAGCAUCAUUUUGCAAGUAAAAAAUAUAUCUCUAUUUUUAUCUAACAUUGUUUCGUUUUUGAAUAUAUUUGAUAUAUUUA